UAGUCCGAUAUAAUUAAAUGAAAACUAGGAUAAAGGAAUAAUAAUUUAUCGAAAAAAUAAAUAGCGCUUGAGUUUUAUUUUAUUUUCAGAACUUAUACUUCGACGUUAAAUAACACACACACAAAUAACGAUGUUAGUUACUGUAACUGGUGUCAGUUUUCUCUUAUUGUCUUUCACAUACAGUGUUGGUAAGUGAAAUUUAAAUAAGUAUUGUCAGAAGCACAAUUUUUUCUCAUAUUUAGCUGGUAACUGCUUGGUUGGUGGAUGCGGAGCUGGUGCCUGUUGUUCGGCAUUUGGCUUUUGUGGUAAUACUGUUGAACACUGUCGGGGAGGAGCAGUAGCAGUACCAGCAGCUCCAGUAGCAGCACCAGCAGGAGGAGGUUGUCGAGCCACUGGUUGUGCAGCAGGACAAUGCUGUUCGCAAUACGGCUAUUGUGGAACUACCGCAGAACACUGUGGUGGUGGUGGUGGUGUUGUUGCUGCUCCUGCCGCUCCAGCUGCUCCUAUUAUUAAUGGAGGUAGUGGCAAUUGUCGUGCCACAGGUUGUCCAGCAGGAUCAUGUUGUUCCGCCCAUGGAUUUUGUGGAAACAGUGCUGCUCAUUGCGCAGGAGUUAGCUAUGGUGGUUGUGGUGCUACUGGCUGUGGUGCUGGUAUGUGUUGCUCGCAAUUCGGAUAUUGCGGUGCAUCUGCUACUCAUUGUGCUAUUGCUAAGUUCUUGUCCGGAAAACAACCAGCUUCGCUCGAAGGUAAAUUUCAAGGACAAGCGACAUAUUACAACGAAACAAUGGCUAGUUCGGAUUAUACUACAUGUGGUACAAGUCGAGCUCGUUCAUUAGAUGAAAAUAGUGAAAGAAUCUAUACAGCUGCACUCAAUGAAAUUCAAUUUGAUCCAUAUACUGUUAAUGGUAUUCCAAGUACAAAUCCUGUCUGUCAAAAGAAAGCAGUUGCUAAAGGUAUCAAUGGUGAAAUAAUUAUACAAUUUGUUGAUCGUUGUCUUGAUUGUAAAGAAGGUGAUAUUGCUUUAACAUAUGAUGGUUUCAUGGCUAUAGCUGGUGAUAUUGGUAAUGGUCAUACUAGCAUAGAAUGGCGCUUCCUCUAG